UCUCUUGAAAAUUAAAUAAUUAAAUGCACCUUCUCCCAUAUGUUUUACUGGACCCCUGGAUCCAGCCAAUACUUUCAAACGUUGAAACCCAAUACAUGUAUCCACGAGGCACUUCCUCUAAAAACCUAACUCCUACCGAAAAGGGAGGGAAAAAAAAGCCUCUUCAGAAUAUUUCCGGGUGAUCUUUAGCAGCGUGACAUUCUGCUAUGCAGGUUGUGAUUGGGGAUGGUGGGGACGAAUCCUCGAAGGCUGCAUUAUGAUUGUCACGAUUGUCGUUCUCAUUCUACUUUUCAUGCUCUGAGAGGCACAAUUGGUGUUGAAGGCCAACACUGAGAGGAUCGAUCGAGCAGGCGUGGGGUCAGUUGAGCAGAUAGUGUUGCAAUGUGCCCCAGCUGAUGCAUGAAAGUGCUCAAUGUGACGCACUAGCGUCGCAUUCCACACGCAUCACAUGAGCACAGGCGGUACGAUUAAGCAGAAGCUGUCCCUCGGCGGCUGGGUGUCUGCAUCUGGCCCGCCACGACGACUGCGUUUCGAUCCUCACACAGUCGUCAAGUUGGACAAACCGAGAACUCAGCCACCAGAGCGACCACCUUCCAAGCCCUGCCUAAAUCCAUCUGUAGUUUGCUCUGCUACAAAUGCGGGUGUCCACUCCCCGAAACAAGCGUAUCGUAUAGAUUGUUCGAUUUUUACACCUUCGUGCUCUAUUUUUGAACUCCGCUAACCAUGGCGCUCGAUAAUGCGAAUGAAACUGGGGGAUUGAAGCUAUAUGUGGACCUCGGAUCCCAGCCAGCUAGGGCAGUCACCAUCUUCUGCAGGGUUAACAAAAUUGAAGCCCAUGAAAUUGGAGUUGAUCUGAGAAAACUAGAGAACAGAACCCCGGAGUUCAGAAAGAUCAACCCCAUGGGCUUGGUGCCUUGCAUUGAUGACCAUGGAUUCAAGCUACAUGAGAGCCACGCAAUCAUGCGAUACUUGGCUACCACGCAUAAUGUGGCUGAUCAUUGGUAUCCCAAAGAUCCACAAAAACGUGCACUUGUUGAUGCUGCUCUUGACUGGCAUCACUUGAAUCUUCGAAAAUAUGGAAGUCAAUUGGUCAUAAACCGUGUGUUGGUGAAGGUACCUGCUCAUAAGAAUUUCUUCCCAAAUCUGGGAGAAGAGACUCGCAAAUCCUUGGCAGAUGAUGCUUCCAAGACUCUACCACAGAUCCUCGACGCCCUAGAAUUGAUGUUAGAACACGGCAAAUUCCUGCACAAUGCUGAUCUAGUGUCCAUAGCAGAUUUGAGCCUUUGCUGUGAGCUAACGCAACUGCAGGAUGAUCACAAGAAUAUGCUGGAACAUCGCAAAAGGAUCACAACAUGGAUGGCGGAUGUUAAAGAUGCUACAAAUCCCGAAUUUACAGAUGUGCACCAGGCCAUCUUCAAUUAUAGCAAACAUGUUGAAGAGCUCCGUGCACAAGGGAAUUUUUUUUAAUUUCAAGCAACUGUGCCCUGGGCUUGGACCAAAGGACAUUCUUUUACUUGACGAUCUGAGCCAUUGAUGUCGGGCAGUAACAUGUUGAACCGCCUGUCUCAGGCAAACAUCUAUGUUGGUCUACGGCACAUGUUUGCACCCCGGUAUAUUACAAAUGGGUGGCUAAAAGUUUGGCACAUCGUCUGGAGUAAAUACCAUCGCCACUGUAUGUCUGAUCACUAAUAAAUGGCCAUGUACAGUUAAUUUAGUUAUUGAAUAUUCAAAACUGAAUCUCUCUUUUCAAACUCUCGGAAUAAAAUUUAUACAUAACAAAAUCUAACAGAUGGUUGAAUAAAUUUACAGUGUUAUCCGCAA